AUGUCUUCAGAGAUCGCCGGUGCUACCGUUUUCAGUAUGGGGCGCGAGACUCGCUCGAUAGUUGUACACGACGCAUUGCUUCACCAGGAACUACAUACAUCUCAUCCUGAGAAUCGGUUCCAAGAAGGCAGAGAGCUGAGCAGGAUUACUCCUAUGCAAAGGACUAUUGUUCUAGAUAAGAAGCGCAUAUCGCGACCAAGCUGCGCCUACAGCGUUUUUGCAGUUAUAAUACAAGUCUACUGCAACUUAUGCCGUGUAUACCAGGCUUUCGAGGAUUUCAUGAUCUUCGCCGCACUUUUGGGCGGAAUUAUGGUCCGAUUUGAGGUGGACUACGCGUUAGAAGCAUAA